AUGAGUCGCCUGCCAUGUUUCUUUUGGGCGAUUUGGGUGCUUGCGAUUGGCUGCCGAGCGUGCCCAUGGGCAGAGCCCUGGGAAUGGUCGGGCGUCUUCCGCCACGAGGGUGGCUUUUUGCGCUGGAGUGCCGAGAAGGUGAAUGGAGCAUAUCCAGAGGCGAGCAUGCGUCUGAUAAUCAGAACUGCUGCUUCGGAUACCCAAGAGGGCCUGGAGGCACAGCAUGAGUUUGUAGACCACAACUGGGAGGCUCCAAUGAAGGAGGUUCACCCAGGAGACGUGCUUCGCCCCGACAACUCCUAUGUUUUGAAUUUUGAUCAGGAGUCGCCCUCGAGUCUCUUCCAGAUCCAGGUCGAGCCAGGGACACAUGUUGCAUUCUUCGCCGAGCAUCUUCCUUCUGAGUUUGAGAAGAACCUUCACUUCCUUACCACAGAAGGUGGUGAGGAAGUGCAUCCCACAGUGGAGGUGUCAAGUGCUCCGUGCGAAGCUUCCGAAGCUUUCGAAGCACCGCGGAGUCACCUGUGGGAAGUCGUAGUUGCAGCAAUGAUCAGCAUCUUGCCAACGCUGAUGGGGAUCUUCAUGCUCUGCGUAGCCUGCAAGGAUGUGUCCUCUGGUUGGUGCCACGCGAUUCUGCAUUUCGUGAAUGCGGGUGCAAGCGGCGUUAUGUUUGCCGCGGCGGCCUUCCUGCUCAUGCCUGAGGCCAGCCACUUGUUGGGCGAAGGCUUGUCUGAGGUGGAAGCUUCUGUUGUCUGGGGCUCUUGUCUUCUGGGAGGCUGGCUUGCUGGCGCCUUCAUCCAUCAUGCUGGAGAGCUGGUGAACUUGGUUUAUGAAGAGAAGUCAGACAACCCCAAGGGCCCCAAGCAGCUGAAGGAGGACGUCAACGCCGCUCCAUCUGUCCCAGAGCUUUGCAUGCACUCGGAUACUACGAGCGUAGCGAGCGUUCGACGAGUCCCUUCAUGGGUCAUAUCCUUACCAGUCUUACUUGGAGAUGCGCUGCAUAAUCUUGCUGAUGGCUUCGUGAUUGGCACCGCUUUCAAGUCCUGCAACAAGGGCUUUGCAUGGAAGAUUGUUGGUGUGACCAUGGCGCACGAGAUCCCCCAAGAGUUGGCCGACUUCUUCCUCCUGGUGAACAAGGCCGGCUUGAGCUGGAGCUGGGCGACGCUGCUGAACUUCCUCAGUGGCCUUUCUACGCUGCUGGGGGCUGUGGUCGCCUUCUACCUUGACGUGGGAAGUGAGAUGGAGGGCUCGGUUCUAGCUGUAGGCGCGGGGAUCUUCAUCUACGUUGCGGCCACGGAGCUGGGGCCCUCAGUGUCGCGACUUCGAAGUGAACAUUCGCAGUGGCCCGUCCUUGGGUCUGUCGCCACGCUGCUUGCAUUCAUCCUUGGUGCCGUAUUUAUCGGCUUGGUUUUACUGGACCACCAGCAUUGUGUGGCACCUGCUGUUGAAGGUGGCCACGCAAGCGGCCACGCAGAAGAGCACCAUCACCAUCACGGGCACAUGCACCGAUGA